UCCAUUCCACUCUCCCACGCAGCGACCAGCGCCCUCCCCCAUUCCAUUCCAUUCCAUUCCGUCCACCACGCUACCUACCUAGAGUAGAGAUCAUACCAUGAGAGGGCGAGAGACGCCGACGCCGAGCUGCCCGCAGAGCCCGCUCCGCAUCACGCACGACGGCGAGUUCUACGCGCGGCUGCUCACCAAGGAGAGCUCCCUCGCCAACCCCUCCUUCCGCUACUACGGCGCCGGCCCCGCCGCCGUGCCCUUCGGCUGGGAGUCCCAGCCGGGCACGCCCAAGGACGCCUCCUGCAGGGCGCUCCCGGCCGCCGCCGUCGUCCCGGCCAUCACCCCCCCGCCGUCGUACCACCUGCGGACCCCCGGGUCGUCGCGCAGGCACGGCGGCAGCGGCAGGCAGCAUGGCCGCAGGAGCAAGGGCGCCCCCGCCCCCUCCGGCGACAAGAGCUGCAAGUGCUGCUGCGGCUACAAGAGGCCGCUCGAGUGGAUCAAGCUCGGCUUCCUCGCCGCCGUGUUCCGCCGGAUCGCGCUCGGCAGGUCCCGGGUGUCGACUUCGUCGCCGUCCUCGUCCGCGGCGUCGGUGCAGUCCUCCUCGUCGUCCACCCGCUGGCUCUUCUCCGGCGGCUCGAGCAGCUGCCUGGAAGAAACCGGUGCCCACCACUACCAGUACUACGAGGCGCCGGCCAUGACGGGGAUGCUCUGCCUCAGCGUCCGGCCGAGCCCGUGGAUGGUGAAGUUCUGCGGCGGCCGGAGGGAGCCCGUCUGGGUGCAGGGCUGGCCGUAGGCCGGGCAGGCCUUCUACUCGCCGGCCGGUCGCCGUCAUGCACGCCGUUCCAGUCCAUGCAGCGGGUGGGCCACCAUAAUUGAAGCUGUCUACUAUCUAUAUACGACUUGAUCGAUCGUUCCAUUGGUUCCUACCCAAUGGCCGUUCGAUCCAGUGUCUCUAUUUGCUGUGUCUGAUAACUAUAGUGAUCCGACAUAAGCGUAUGGUUCGCUUUGGUCGUUUAGUGUUGGCGUGUUGUUAUGGCUGCUAGCUGCCGGCCGGCAAAUACGACACGGGCAGAUCGACGUUUUACCCUUGGAACGUUUGUUGCUGUUGUCUAGUGGCACGUACGUGUGUGGACUAUGAAGAAAUAGAAUGCUUGCUGUCGAUCGCGACUAGAUCCGACAGUUUCACGUGUCUCGAGACUCAGAACCUCGCCGUCUCGAAACUGAUCCCACGUUUUGAUCUCCGCUUGCAUUUUGUUUUGGGUGUGCAUGACCGUUGAGGACGUUUCCAUGUUAUGUUGCCUGGAUUCUUGUCGGUGCG